CUAGAUAAAUCAGAUAAAUACGAUUCUAGAGAUGUGGAAAGACUUCAGCAAGAUGAUAAAUGGGUUGAAAAUUAUCUGCUUUGGCGUCAUGAUGUGGUGGAUGAUGCAUUAAAGAUGAUUGAUGUAAGCUUUCAGUGGAGGAAAGAAUAUACAGUUAAUGACCUGACAGAAUCUGUCCUUCCAAAAUGGCUAUUUGAAAGUGGUUCUAUCUUUCUGCAUGGAUAUGAUAAAGAGGGCUAUAAAUUAUUUUGGUUCAGAGUGAAACAUCAUAUAAAAGAUGCUAAACAGCAACUUGACAAAAAGAAACUGGUAGCUUUUUGGUUAGAACAUUAUGCCAAGAGAGAUCACGGAAAGCCUUUAACGGUGGUAUUUGACAUGUCUGAAACUGGAAUCAGCCACAUAGACUUGGAUUUUGUUCGGUUUAUUGUCAACUGUUUUACAGAUUAUUACCCAAACUUCCUCACAAAAAUAGUGAUUUUUGAAAUGCCAUGGAUAAUGAAUGCUGCUUUUAAAAUUGUGAAGGGUUGGCUUGGCCCAGAUGCAAUCAGCAUGUUGAAGUUCACGAACAAGAGUGAUGUACAGGAGUACAUCGGUGGAGAGUAUCUGCCACCUCACAUGGGUGGAACUGAUUCUUUCAAAUACAGUUAUCCCCCAUUGGUUGAUGAUGACUUUCAAACACCUUUAUGUGAAAAUGGGCCCAUUACUAGUGAAGAUGAGCAUGAAAGUAAAGAAGAGAUAGAUACAGACACCAAGGAUGCUGGAGAGCUGAAUGAAGAACAAAACCUUAAUCAGAAAAAGAUGAAUUCUAUAGAACAAAUUUCCAAAUCAGAGGAAACUGACAAAACAGAGAUCAAACCAAAAAAUGCAAAGAAAGCAUUAACCACUUUUAAAGGACCUUUAUUACAUAUCAGCCCAGCAGAAGAGCUAUAUUUUGGGUCCAAAGAAACCGGAGAGAAGAAAUGUUUGAUAGUUCUCACAAAUGUCACUAAAAACAUAGUAGCUUUUAAGGUGAGAACAACUGCUCCUGAAAAAUACAGAGUUAAGCCCAGUAACAGCAGCUGUGAACCUGGCACAUCACUAGAUAUAAUAGUGUCUCUUCAUGGUGGUUUUGCAGCUUCUCUGCAGGACCGUUUCCUUAUAAUGGCAGCAGAAAUGGAACAGUCUUCUGGAGCAGGUGUGCCAGAACUGACUCAGUUUUGGAAGGAAGUCCCAAGAACCAAAGUGAUGGAACAUAGGCUCAGAUGUCACGUUGUAGAAAGUAGUAAGCCUUCUUCUUUGACAUUGAAAGAGAACACAUUUAGUAGUCCAGCAAAAACCAAUGAAGAUUUACAUAUACAGCUAACUCAUUUACUGCAGAUUAAUAAAAGACUUCAAGAGCAGAUUGAUCGCUGCCUCUGGUUCCAGCAGUUGUCGGUGGUUUUAUCAUUGCUGUCUGUUACUGUUGUUGCCUUCUGCUUCUACCUGGCGUACAGCCAGAGAAGCUGA